AUGUUAUUAUACCGUUUCAAAAACAAGACAUUUAUUUUAAAUUAUGAUCAUGAAGCACACUUAAUUUUGCCAUUGCUAUGUCGUAUUAAUUUUUGUUUCGAAAUACUAUUAAUGAGAAGUGAAUUUUGUCGUUUUACUGAUGAAUUAAAUGUACUUUCAUUUAUAUUGCUUUAUUCAAUAAUGGCAGAAUUUCCAGAACUAGGCAAAAAUUGUUCGCUAGAAGCUUGUAAAAAACUCGAUUUCACACCUUUCUUUUGCAACAUUUGCGAAAAUUAUUUCUGCGAUGGACAUCGGUUCAAUCAUGGAUGUCAGUUUAAAAAUAUGAAUGUUGAACAAUUAGCAGCAACUAGUUGUGACGGUAGUAAGCCACUAAAGUCAUUUUUAUGUUCAAUGAAUAGCUGUUUCACGUGUGAAAUCAUCAGAAUUGAUUGUCAGCGUUGUGGAUUGAAUUUCUGUCUGAAGCAUCGUUAUCCAGAAGAACAUCAAUGCGGUACUCAAACUGUUAAGAAUAAACAAAUUAACGAUGGUUAUCAGGAAGAAUUGAAAGAAAAGUUGUCAAUGAUUAUUGCUGCUGAUAAAAUGGACAUUGCUGAAACAAGUAUCAUUUCUUCACCACCGCAGAAGGAGAAAUCGAUGGAUGAAGCGAUGCAAAGAAGAGCUGAUCGAAUAGCAGUAAUGCGUCUUAAAUCAAAUACUCGAAAUUUUAGUAUUCCACCUGCUGAGCAAAUGUUUUUAUUCGUUGUGGAAAAUCAAAAGCGUGAGCCAGUUAUGGUUUCCAAACGCUGGACAAUAGGACGUUGUCUUGAUCAAAUUACUAGGCAGCAUUCGAUCUCGAAUAACAAUGCAACCUUUGGGACUAAAAUACUACGAUUGUAUUGUGACACGGAUCACUUGAAUCCUUUACCGAUGGAUGGUAAUGUCGAGAAAUAUUUGAAAGAUUUUUCUAACGUUUUCUUCAAGAGAGAUGAGAUGGCACCACUAAUUAAAUUAUCUAGAUGUUUUUAUUCUUAUAAUGCUAUUUCAUCGGCUGCAAUAUUAGCUAGGCGAUUUUCCUCAGCGCCAGAUUUCGAUGCAUUAGCUCAAAAAAUUCAGCAAUGGAAAGAGAAGUCAACCGUUGACAACAGCGAUAAUGAUGAGAUUUCAUCUGCUGAUAAAAUAAUUGAGAAAAGAGCAUGGAUGAGUGCUCCAUUGGUGUAUUGCGAUGGUUCAUUUGACUGGACAUUGAGAAAAGGCGGUAUUGGAAUAUUUUGGAGUCCAAACGAUGAACGUAAUGCUCAUCUUUCACUUACAGGAUCGAAACUGACUAAUAUUAGGGCUGAAAUACAAGCAGUUAGCUUGGCUGCUUUACAGGCUUGUUCUCUAAAUUUUGAUCGAAUCAUUAUCAAAACAGAUUCGCAAUUUGUGGUGAAAGUGAUUAACUCAUGGUUAUCCAGAUGGCGUUCCAAUGAAUGGAAGAAAGCAGAUGGAAAACAGAUUGAAAAUAUGGAUGAUAUCCAGAAACUUAGCCGUUAUACUGAAAUGAUAAAAAUGCGUGUGGAACAUACAUACGGACAUCAAAAAUACGAUGAAAGGAAAGAAUUGGAGGAGAGCUGGGAUGCAAUGUCAUGUGAUGAAAGAGAUCGUUGUGGAAAUUUUCAUAGCGAUCGGUUAUCGAGAUUAGCUGUUGAUCAACCGAUGAUGACAGAUGAACAGUUUGAGGAAUUAUGUAAAGCUAAACUUGACAAACGUUGCAGUUGA